AUGGAGGAAGAGAAAAGGAUAUUGAAAAAGGUUGUGCACUUAGAGGAAUCAAAUGAAAAUGAUGACGAGAAUGAGGAUGAAGAUGAUGACGAAUAUGAUUUUGAAGAUAAUGGUGAUGAUGCUAGUGAUGAUGAGAAUGGUGAUGAUGAUGUUGAUGAUGGGGAUGAGAUGGUGAUGAUGAUGAUGAUGAUGAUGAUGAUGAUGAAGAUGAUGGUGGUAGUGGUGGUGGCUCUAUUAGACGGAAGAAGUGUGUGCACACAUCAUCUUCGCAGUGCAAUUGGAGGCUACAAAGCAGCCAGCUUUAUUUACAGCCAAAACUUUACAAUUGAAACUCCACAGAUUGACUAUUCCGUCGAUAUUACUUCUGUUUCGUGA